AUGGACACUUACGCCGUUUUCAGCUGCAGCUCUGCGCGAAGAGACGCCUCGCGGCUGGUCCAGGACCUGAAAAGCAUCCGCCGAAGCAGCAUGGUCGCCUCCGAUCGACCGGCGAUCAGAAGCCAGCCAAUCCACUCUGCCGACGGUCCUCACGCUAAGCCCCACAUUGGCGUUGUCGGUGCUGGCAUUGCCGGACUCCGGUGUGCCGACAUCCUGCUUCAGUAUGGAUUCCGGGUGACCAUCUUGGAGGGCCGGAACCGACUGGGUGGCCGCCUGCACCAGCAGCGCCUCUCAAACGGCCACCUGGUCGACAUGGGCCCCAACUGGAUCCACGGCACCAAAGACAACCCGAUUCUAGACCUGAUUCGUGAGACUGGCACCAUCACCAGCGGCAACGCCAUCGAUGACCACGGGAAGGAGCUGGAGGGUGCCGUCUUCAGCGAGAAUGGAGCCAUGCUCCCGCCGGACGACGGCGCUGCCCUGUCGACCCUCAUGUGGACCAUCGUCGAGGAGGCCUUUGUCCACUCAAACAAGCACUGCACCGAGAUCGACCCGGCCGAGAGCCUGCACGACUUCUUUCUAAAGCGGCUGCCCGAGCACGUUCCCGAAAGCACGGCCGACUGUGAGACCCGGCGCGCGCUCGUCAUGCAGAUGGCCGAUCUCUGGGGGGCGUUUGUCGGCAGCCCGGCCAACACCCAGAGCUUAAAGUACUUUUGGCUGGAAGAAUGCAUAGAAGGAGGCGAGUUUUCUUCCUUACUCAACCCGUUCACUUUCUCGGCUGACAGCAGUUAG